UACAAAUGUAAUAAGAAAAGAAGAAGCAUAAUUCCAUGGAUCAAACAUUGUAUGGGGCUUGUUUGAUUUGUUUUUGGUAUACAUUAACACGUAUCAAUCGAACCUUAAAAAAUAUUAAUAAUAACAGACGGCGAGCACGGCAACCUCGAUAUUUCACCGUCAAAGCUGUGCAUACAAGAACAAGCAGUGUUUUGGUGCUGCACGUGAGUUUGAAUCAUAGGGUUUGAAUUAAUUGAUCAGCUAUAUUCACGAGAUACAAGCAGCUGAAGACCCGCAGAGGAAGGGGUUUCCUUUUUAGUGUAUAGUCCGUUGCGUUACUGCCACAAAGCUGGGCAAGCUUACAAACAGGAAGAAAUCAUUGCUGUCAUAUCGACACCGACGACGACUGGUGUUGCCCAGAGUGCGGCCCAGGCAAGAGCCCGUGACCGCCACAUCAGGCACCAUGAUGGAGGGGGGCAUGCAGCUGCUCAACCGCGAUGGCCACAGCAUCUCGCACAACUCAAAGCGCCACUACCACGACUCCUUCGUGUCCAUGAACAGGAUGCGACAGCGCGGUCUGCUGUGUGACAUUGUGCUCCAUGUCUCCAACAAAGAAAUCAAGGCACACAAAGUGGUGCUGGCAUCCUGCAGCCCCUACUUCCACGCUAUGUUUACGAAUGAGAUGUCGGAGAGUCGGCAGACCCAUGUCACCCUUCAUGACAUCGACUGUCAGGCUUUGGAGCAGCUGGUCCAGUAUGCCUACACAGCAGAGAUUGUGGUCGGGGAAGGCAAUGUGCAGACGUUGCUCCCAGCAGCCAGUCUGCUGCAGCUCAACGGGGUACGGGACGCCUGUUGCAAGUUCCUCCUCAGCCAGCUGGACCCCUCCAACUGCCUGGGCAUCCGAGGCUUCGCUGACACGCACUCCUGCAGCGACCUGCUCAAGUCAGCCCACAAGUAUGUCCUGCAGCACUUUGUGGAGGUGUCCAAGACAGAGGAGUUCAUGUUGCUGCCACUGAAACAAGUCCUGGAUUUGAUCUCCAGUGACAAUCUCAACGUGCCAUCUGAAGAGGAAGUGUACCGGGCUGUGUUGAGCUGGGUGAAACAUGAUGUAGAUGGACGCAGGCAACAUGUACCGUGGUUGAUGAAGUGUGUGCGGCUGCCACUGCUGAGGCGAGACUUUCUGAUGAGCAACGUGGAUACAGAGCUGCUGGUGCGACACCACUCCGAGUGCAAGGACCUUCUGAUCGAGGCUCUCAAGUACCACCUGAUGCCUGAGCAGAGGGGAGUCCUCAGCAACAGCCGGACACGCCCGCGGCGCUGUGAGGGCGCCAGCCCUGUACUCUUUGCCGUUGGUGGUGGCAGCCUGUUUGCCAUCCAUGGAGACUGUGAGGCGUAUGACACCAGGACUGAUCGCUGGCACAUGGUGGCGUCCAUGUCCACUCGGCGGGCACGGGUGGGCGUGGCAGCCAUUGGGAACAGACUUUAUGCCGUUGGAGGGUAUGAUGGAACCUCAGACCUCGCCACCGUGGAAUCCUACGACCCCAUCACCAACACCUGGCAACCUGAGGUUUCCAUGGGCACAAGGCGGAGCUGUUUGGGUGUAGCGGUCCUGCAUGGCCUUCUAUAUGCUGCUGGAGGUUAUGAUGGAGCUUCCUGCCUUAAUAGUGCAGAGCGUUACGACCCUCUGACCAGUACAUGGACCUCCAUUGCUGCCAUGAGCACCCGUAGGAGAUAUGUCCGAGUAGCAACUCUGGAUAGCAGCUUGUAUGCAGUGGGAGGUUAUGACAGCUCCUCACAUCUUGCAACAGUGGAGAAAUAUGACCCCCAGAGCAACACGUGGAUAGCCAUUGCAAACAUGCUGAGUCGGCGCAGCAGUGCCGGGGUGGCCGUGUUGGACGGCAUGCUGUAUGUCGCAGGAGGCAACGACGGCACCAGCUGCCUGAACUCUGUGGAGCGGUUCAACCCCAAGGCCAACACCUGGGAGGGGGUGGCCCCCAUGAACAUACGCAGGAGCACCCAUGACCUGGUGGCAAUGGAUGGCUGGUUAUACGCAGUAGGAGGUAACGAUGGCAGCUCCAGCCUCAACUCCAUCGAGAAGUACAACCCGCGCAGCAACAAAUGGGUCGCGGCCUCCUGCAUGUUUACACGGCGCAGCAGUGUGGGUGUCGCUGUGUUGGAGCUGCUGAACUUCCCACCACCCUCCUCACCCACCCUCUCGGUUUCCUCCACCAGCCUUUGACACGGGGUCACCGCUUGGCUGACCUCGGCCUCUGCUGCUACAUCCCAGACUGGCUCUGGGAAGAGACGCAAUUGCUCGGUUUGAGACGGGGAGCAGGAGUACGCGAGUGGACAGGUAAAUGGAUGGAGUGGGGAAAAAGAGGGAAGGUGUGGAUAGGGCUCCUGGCUUGGUUAUUAUACAGUACCCUCCAUAAUUAGUGGCACUCAUGCAGUGGGUAAAGGUUAGCCAAACAUGGUUUAAAAAAUGUACAACAUAAGUAAUGAACUUUAAUUUAAAAAUCAAGGCAAUUUAAAAGUUGUUAAUGUGCAGUACCCUUUAAUCUCAAAAGUAUUAAUUUUUCGUGAAAAGUUAAGGGAUGCCAGAUGAAUUCUGAAAGAUCCACCAAGAGGUUUUUUGAUUUCAUGGUUAAACCAAUCUUGCUGCUCUUUACCAAAUUUUCCAUUCAUUCUGGACUAAACUGUAUCUGGUCUGGAUGCCUGAAACUCCACUGUAUAGCUCCACCAUACAGAUACCAGCUCCCACUCUCCAAGAGUACAAAGAUGUUUCCUGGUGUGUGAACAUUGACCGAUCUUUCCUCAAGCUCCACUUUUUUCCCCCCCCACCACUCCAGUGUUUGACACACUCAUAGUGAAAUGUGGUGGACACUUUAAUUCUGUCAUGUGUGACGUAAAUGUUAUUGUUUCGAUGUUGCUGUCUUCUGCAUCUUUUAAUGUCAGAAUUAUUUUGCAAUAAUGUACAAAAAAGGAGAAACUGAAUGAUUUCACUUUUUGAAUGUAGCUUCUUGACUGGGUAUACCAUGCAUGUGUUUACUUCUUGGCAUUGACUCCCAACAGGAGGAUAAAAUGUUGUAGUGCUGCUAUGCCACAGUAGGUGGCAGUAACAGGCAAUGUUAUAAACCCUUCCCACACUGCAAGAUCGCAUGGACACAACCAACAAAAGAGAAGUUAGGCCCUCAGAACUGUAUGAGUUAGAAUCUUUUUUUUUUUUUUUUUUAUAUAUAUAUAUAUAUAAACACAGAAGAAUUAUGUUGAACUAUAUGUAUUUAUAAAAAUGUAUAAAUUCUAAUAUAUUCUGUUUUAAAGAUGCUUAAAGAAGGAAACAGAUUGUUUUUAAUAUUUAUUUAGGUGUGAUAUCGUCAAUGAAAAUGACAAAGAGAAUGUAGGUGUGAGAGAGGUAGGCUAGUUGUUCAGACUGUGUGCAUUUGGAGUUUCUCCUGGUUAAAAGGACCGAUUGUUGCACUUUGAUAUGCAGCAUUUUAUUUACAUUUCCUAAUGUUCCUUCACUGCCACAAGCUUGAUCUCACAUGAAACUGUCUGCUAUAUUUGUGCAAAAGGCUUUAACUGCUUGCAAACCUAUAGACCAGUCAAUGAAAGGACGCUAUAUUGUCUUUAAUCCUACUUAACAAUUAGUUUAAGUGGACAUGAAGGUGGAUAUAAUCCUUGGACACAAUGACCGUCUAAAAUUACAUUAAAGCAGAAAGUACUAGUUUACCUACUGUGUUCCAACACUUGACACUAAUGAUAAAUGCUGUUGACACUUGGUGCUGUCAUAUUUCCUUCCAUACAUAAUCAAGUGUGGUGUCUUGUUAUAUUACAUACCUCAUUGUUGAAAUGGAUCUGACUCUAUUGCAACAAAGUUGAGCUAGAAAAAACUGUAUAAUUACCUACAAAUAUUCUGGCUUUAGAGCAUGUGGUGGGUGACUUGGGAAUGUCACCACUUAACGUGCAUUGUCUAAAAUAAAUGGAUUACUUUGAGUCUUCUUGACUCCGUUAAUUCCCGGAUUCAGUUAAUGUGAAGCACAGUGAUACUAUUCCAAACUUCUGAGAAGUUGCUUUUUGAAGGAUUUUGUUGAUCCAGUUCUGUUUAUCUAUAACUACCUUACUUUUCAUUUGUUAGAGUGAGGGGCUGUGAGGGUCUAAUGAAGAUGCUGUUAUUCUGUAAAGUCGCUGUGAGUCAGUGCCAGACUUUAAGAGAAAGGCACACAAAACCACAAGACUUUGGCCUCCAUUCUGCAGAUCGAUCUGUAAAUACAAAAAUUGCUCAUCUUAAAUCCAAUUUCAAUGUGAUUGUAGCUUUGUUUUAGUUUCUGUUCAAUGUGGUGAUAAUUUUUUUUAUUUAUAAUAUGUUUAUUUAUGAGGAACUUUAAAAUAUUGAAUUUUGCACUAUUGCGAAA